UUGUCUCCUCCCCUUCUCUCGGUUCAUCAUCUCCAGCCUCCACUGGAAAAAAAACCUCCGCUUCUCCCGGAGCUGCUUCCACCGCAGAGCGGCUGCUCCUCCCGAGCCAGGCCGCCGUAGGACACCGCAGGGCGGGGACGGAGCGUCGCAGGGGGCCGGUGUUGUGGAGCGGUCUCUGGAGCUCUGGCAGCGUCUCCUCCCCCUUGUGCUUCAUGCUCCUGCGGACACACAGAUACGUGCACGGGCAUAUCCACCGCACAUACACACACAUGGAUGUACAUAUCCACCAGCUGCUUGCCUCGAUGCGUAAUUACAGCACAGAGAGAAGCUUCAGGAGCCGAUUUAGUGCAGUUUGAGCUGCAGAAAUGGGAGAAAAGAUGAGCACCAGAGGAGGAAGAGGAGGAUUUCUCCCCAUGUUUCUUUUCUUGUGUCUAAUAUGGACACAGCUGCUGAUCACAGAAUCGUCUUCUGGGGAUCACGAGCUUCGUCUCUUCCCUUCCCACCGCCACCCAGAGCACAACCUGAACCCUCAGAACGAUGUGGAAAACCUCCCAGAGUCCCGCGAUCCCCUCCACCACCAAGACCACCACCCCCACCCCCACCCCCACCACCACCCCCACCACCGCCAACGCCACCACGCCGCCAGGUCAGCCCGCUUGAUGCCAGGCGCCCUGUUGGGGUCUCGGUUUCGCCAGGAGCCCGGCGGCCAGCGAACCCUGGACCUUCUGGCUCAAGCGCAUCACGAGGUGCGGCCGGAGCACGCCGUGGUGUCUGCACGCCAUUUGGUUACCGUGGUGAGUACUCUGCUCCCUAAUCGCGUGUAA